CGCGGAAUAUGCUUACCUACACAAAAGUCACGAGAUUACACAACCUCCGACGGCCAACGCGUUUCAGAAAGAAGAUGGUUUUUGCAACUGGGACGGAAAAUAAAAAGGGAGGACCUUGCGUUGCAAUCGCCCGGGAUCUGUUUGCGAUUGUAGUUGGCGGACGAGUUUAACGAGAGACAGCAAAAUGUCAGGAAGACAGCGAGACAUGGAUAUCGAGGCCUACCCAAUGGGCUCUCCCAAAGUUGAAAAGAAGGGCGUGAACAAGUUUGCAGACCAAGUGGGAAGCGGUGCCAUGAAGGGCGUCAAAGCUGUCGGCGGUGUCCUGGACAACUUUAAAGAGUUCUUGAACCGGGGUAACGUGGUUGACCUCGCGGUCGGUAUCGUUAUGGGAGCGGCUUUCACAGCGAUCGUUACCUCGCUUGUGCAAGACAUUUUCACGCCCUUCAUUUCGUUGGCAACGUCGGCCAACUUGGCCAACAACUUUUUGAUCCUGCGUUGUCCCAAAGCUGUUAACGCAAGCCAGCCUUUCUUUCCGGACUAUCCUCCCCGCUCCUUUUGUCAGGACUUUUGGAAGACGACCGCUGAAGCUCAAAAAGCGGGCGCAGUAACAUGGAACUGGGGUAACUUUGUUCAGAGCGUAAUCAACUUUUUGAUCAUCUCGGUCAUCAUUUUCUUCAUUGUUAAAAUCUAUGCUGCUGCGUUCCGUCGCAAGAAGCCCGAUGUCAAGACCAAGGAGUGCCCAUUCUGCUGCAAAGACGUUCCCAUCAAAGCUACACGUUGCCCCAUGUGUACAUCGGACCUUGAUCCUCCUUCGGAAACUUCUCAACCUGAACCCGCUCUUCUCAUCGUCGACAAAAACGGCGCAAAGAAAUGGCGGUGAUUUACGCCGAUCUGUAUAAAUCUAGAUUGCUUUUUGGCUGUGUAUUUUCUUUUUGGGACGUUUGUUUUUUUGUAUUUAGCUAAAGUUUCUUUGGUUAGAUAAUUUCUAGUUACAUGUUUUAGAAAGUGGAAUGUAAAAAUGAAUGAUAUUUUACAUGUAGAUUUACAAUAACAAACGCAAGUAUCUAUCCUUAUA